AUGCCGAAGAAGAUGGGUGUCAACAGCAAGGCGGAGGUCGCCAAAUCCCGGAAGACCGCCGCCGAGGCCGAGCAGAAGGAUCGCCAGACUCGGGAGAAGGAGGAACAAUACUGGCGCGAGGCCGAGGGUCCCAGAUCUAAGGCGGCCAAGAAGCGAGAGGAGGACGCGGAGAAGAAGGCGGAGGCUGCCGCCAAAAAACUGGAGGCGCGGCGUCUUGCUGAGGAGGAGGAAAAAGAGCUGGAGAAGGCUCUAAAAAAGCCGGACAAGAAGGCGAAUCGCGUCGCUGUGCCUGUCCCCAAGGUCACGGAAGCGGAGCUCAUCCGAAAGCGCGAGGAGGACCAGGUGGCGCUGGCGAAGAAAGCGGAAGACUCUAAGAAGAAACAGACCCGCAUGGCAGGGGAAGAGGAGUACGAAAAGAUGGUACUGGUCUCCAAUACCAAUCGCGACGAUUCCCUCAUCGAGGCCCAUAGCGUUGACGAGGCCCUCGCACGGAUUACAGUGACUGAUAACCUGCCGGUUGAUCGACACCCCGAGAAAAGGGUCAAGGCCUCGUUUAAGGCCUAUGAAGAAGCUGAACUUGCUAGGCUGAAAGAGGAGAAACCAGGUCUUACUCUCACCCAGUACAGGGAGGUGAUAUGGAAGACGUGGAAGAAAUCGCCAGAUAAUCCUCUUAACCAGGCUGCUGCUGAGUAA